CUCGCACAGAGGUAAAUGAUACUUUGCACAUCCUAAUCAGACCAGCUUGGGAACGAGAAGGCAGCUGUCGGCAGUCGGCAGAAAGACCAGGUGUAAUGUGUUUUAAAAAGGACGAAGAAAAUGUGGACCCCGUUGUGGUAGCGAACGGUGAAAAUGGCUGGGGUGAGCAAACAUCGUUAGCGUAAGCCAGAGUGUGGUCUACGAAAUUGAGUGGAUAAAUUUCAGGAAAAAAUGAGUUUGUUGAGUGCGUUGAUAUGCAAAUGGGUAUUUUUUUGGGCUAUGAAAUUUAAGCUGAAAGUUCUGCAGUUACGCCGAACUUUCCAAUUAGAUAAUGUAGCGCGUUUGCAUAUAAGUUAUGCUCAAUACAAUAUAUACAACAUAUACAAAUCCGUGUCCCUUCUGCCGGAUUAAUUGCAUCUCACUUUGAGUUUUCGUUUGAAAACACUGUCAAAGAGUUUCGUGCGUUAAAAUGUGUUGACAAUGCGAGAAAGAAAAAAACAGUGGUCCAAUUAAUUCCGUCCCUGGAGCUGUCAUACGUAAAGUCACGUGUACCCCCGUCUGAUUGAGCGCGCCCAGAACCAGAGCUACCUGUGAAGCGUAUUGUAAGAGAGCAAGAAGGAAAGCGUCGUUCGGGUUCAUUAAAAACUCACCACCGUACGCAAACCCGACACGUGCCACCGUUUCAGCAGGGAAGUGCGCGCGAUUGAGCGAUGGAAAACGGAGUCGAACUCACCGGGUAGAAGCAGUUUAUAAUGGAUCAAUCAUUCAACAGGAACGGGAUCAAUUUUCUAUUAUGUGGGACAACCUAACAAACAUUCAAACAUACAUAGAAACAGGUCAAGCUGAAUGAAACCUAUAUACCUAUACAGGUAAACUUCGAUAUAACGUACAUUUCACUUUCAAAAUUGUACGUUGUAUCGAAUUGUACGUUAUAUCGAAGCAUAAUAAAGUACUCACAAACGUAGUCUAUAAUACAUAAUUGUGUUGCUGUUUUAGUAAAUUUUAUGAACAACUUCAAUCAGAAGACGAAGCCAGCCUGUCUCAUGAUGUUUCCCUUCGUACUGUUGAUUAUAGCUUGAUUCAUUUAGAAUCAGGAAUCACAAAACCAGCUGUAUUUCGGGAUUGAUUGAAGGUACAAAACUUGUUUUAGCAUCACAAUACAGAUAAUUCAUUGUUCUAUCAGAAAAAAAAAAUAUUGAAGAAAAAUGUCCUUUACACUUUGGAUAUGUGUACGUUAUAUCGAGGUAAAAUGUACGUUAUAUCGAGUGACGUUAUAUCGAGGGUACGUUAUAACGAGGGUACGUUAUAUCAAAGUUUCCCUGUAUACCUAUAUUGAUGGGGUUCUGAGAAAAUAUGUAAUCCACCAUUUUGUAGUGGCCGCCAUCUUAGAUUUGCAUUUUUCAUAAAUAACUGUAUUCUACUAGUCAAGCCCUUUCAUUUAAUACCCAUAUUGAUGGGGUUGUGAAAAAAAUAUAUAUGGCGCCAUCUUGCGGCGGCGCCCUUUUUGGAUAUGAAUUUUUCAUAAAUAUAUUUUACUAGUUAAGCCCUUUCAUUUGAUAUUUGGGGUUGUGAAAAAAAUAUAUGCGGCGGCGCCCUUUUUGGAUUUGAAUUUUUCAUAAAUAACUGUGUUCUACUAGUCAAGCCCUUUCAUUUGAUACCCAUAUUAGCUAUUCAAUAUAGAAUUAUUAUACACAUUAUUCAAAAUUUCCGAAAAUCAAAAAUGAGGGGCUUAGAAUUAAAAAUUUGAUCGAUUUCUCUACAUCGAAUCUCUCUUUUUUGGUCAUAACUUAGCUGCAAAUACAUUCCCAGCUGUACUUGAAAAUGUGGCAGAUAAGUCAGAACCUCAUCUAUCGGAUUGUAUAGCAAACUUAAGUUGGGACGUUUUUGCAGUUGAGUUAUUAACUAAAUAAAAAGUUGAUGAAGAGAAAUCGAUCAAGUCACUUACACCCCUUGAAUUCUGAGCCCCUCAAAUAAAAUACUCCGGAUAAUCGAGUCCGACCUGUAGUACUACGUUUUCAUUAGGGGGGAUAAAUCAGAAAACAGGAAAGUUUUUAUGAAAUAAAGUUCACGCUAAUAACUAACUUUGCUGCGAACGGAUUCUGAUAUUGCAUAUUUGCAUUGCAUAUUUUCGAUUCUCUAAGAUUCGUUACUUUGUAUUACAAUCCCAUAGUAUCUAAAUAGUUUAAAUUGUUGAAAAUUGUUGGGAAUGCUUCCAUCCCAUUUUCCCUUACAUUUGUUCUGUCCAUUUGAGUUCUUCUCUAACCGUUCUGUCAAUAACGGGCAACUUAUGUAGCCGCGAAAAUAGAAACAACGAAGUGGAUAAUGCAAAGAGAAUACUCGCGACGUAAAAUCCACACUGGCACAGUAAGUACACUGAAAAUGAAAUUUCCUUGCAUUUCUUGGAUUUAACCUUUUCGCUACAAGCGUCGUCUUUAGGCGACAUCCGCGUGAUGAGCUGUGUGUACGAGCGUCGUCUACAGACGACAUCAGGGUGACACUGCACAUCGAUCACACCAGCGCGAUAUGGCUACUUUUCGGCGCAGUGCUCCGUUCAGCGGUAGCGCUCCGGCGGAGCACACUUCCGUAGUGAAAGGGUUAAGGACAAUCACACACGAAGAUCGAUAGCUCUAAGGAAAACAUAUAUUUGGAACACGUAAUCAAAGUCUAACCGAGCCCGGCACAUUAUGCUGUCUUCCUCGGGCCCGAAGGGAGUUUUCUAAAUUCGAUCUAGCGACAAGAUACCCUCGCACGACCAAACAACGUGCUCGAUGUCAUGAUAACCUUGGCCACAAACGCAAAGAUUGUUGCUAGCAAGAAUGAAACGAAAGAGUAGCGCAUCUAACGAACAGUGAUUGGACAUAAGUCGGGAGAAGAUGCGAAUAAAGUCCCGACUCAAGUCCAGACUUUUGAACCAUGGUUUGAGACUAACCUUAGGGAUAACCGAAUGAAGCCACCGCACAAAUUCAUCUUCGUUCAUUUGCGUUGCCAGUUAGUGAUGGUAUUUUUACGGACUUAAAAAUAAAAUUGAUUGUAGCCGAUUUGAAGCUGAAUCACACCUACCUUUGCUAAUGAACUAGCUUUCUCAUUACCUGGAAUUGAGCAAUGUGAAGAGACCCAGACAAAGGUAAUGACAUAACAGCGUCUGGAUGAAGUACUCAAAUUUUCUCGUAUUUUUUCAAUUAGGAACGGCGAGCGAAUAUAAUUGAAAAAUAUUCAAUAAAUUGAUAAAAAUAAUAAAUUGAAAUGAUCUUCAAGUGGGAAUACGCGUACCAAAACCUCGAGACCCAUGGUGUGCGUACAUCUCAACGCAAUACGGAAACAAAUAUACUGAAUUCGCUCGCGUUUAAUGAGGCGUGUUUUGGAAGCUGAUUAAAAACAGAAAACAGUUGUUCGAUACAACAUUAUAAGAUCUUCUGGAUGGACUCCCCACCAGGUACCGGUAAUUGUACGAAGAAAGUUUAUUCUUUGUUGGUAUUUUUUUUCUGGUACUCAAUAUGGUCUCUCCAAGUACAUUUAGAGUCGAACUAGACACCAAAAUAUUUUGAUGACAUAGCAUGAGGGGUCAGUUUACCCAAAAGUUGAAGCUUUGGUUUUGCUGGACUAUGCUCCAUAGAAAAGACGACCAUCUCUGUUUCCGUGGAGAACUCAAUACCUAGCCCAAUGGGCCAGGUUGAAAAAUUGUUCAAAGUAUCUUUUAAGGGUCCUUGCAGGUCGGAUUCUUUUGAUCCUAUGACAGAUACCACUCCAUCAUAUGCAAGUUGUCUUAGGCUGCAAUUUUGCAUAAGGCAAUUGUCAAUGUCGCUUACGUAAAAGUUGUAAAAAAGGAGGCUUAAACAUGAGCCCUGAGGGAGGCCCAUGUAAUAGAUCCGAUUUACUGUCGAAUCUCCGUGGGAAAAAUUCAAAUUUCUCUCACAAAGCAAGUUAUACGACAUAUUCUUCAAUAGAGGCAGCAGACUCCGAGAGUGUAAUUUGUCUGACAGAACCUCUAUUGAAACUGAAUCAAAGGCCCCCUUUAUGUCCAAGAAUACUGAAGCCAUGUUUUUUGAAUUUCUGAAGAAAGCAACGCAAGACAAUCAUUCGGCCCCUUGCCCAUGCGGAACCCAUAUUGUGUAUCUGAGAGUAAGCCAUUCGUUUCAACCCAUCAACCAAGGCGAAACAAGAAUAUUUUUUCCAACAAUUUCCGUAUAAAAGACAGCAUUGUUAUUGGACGGUAUGAAUUGAAGUCGGACGCGGGUUUUUGAAGAGCUAUAACUCAUACUUGUCUCCAAUCAUCCGGAACAAUAUUGUUUAGGAGCAACACGAAUUCCCCUAGAUACGGUCCUGGGCCAUCAAUAAUGUAAUCGAGAAGGUCGUCUGCUGGAUGAAACGUGUAAAAAUAUAAUAGAAAACGUGUAAAUAGAAAAAGUGUAACCUGGAAUAAAAUUGUAUAAAUUAUGUAAUAUUGUGAACUGGAUUGCACUGUUAUGGAUUUUGUGUGAAAGGAAAUGUGUUUUCUGCGUUGUUUGUUUGCCGUCGAUAUUUUAUGUGGAUGUAUUUGAUGUGGCCGACGGCAAAAUCCUUGGUGUUUUGUGUGGGGGAAAAGGAGUUUUCCCUUCGAUGUUGGGGGCCUGGAACGGAUCUAUCGGAGAUUUAGUAUUUUGACGGCCAGGCUCCCCAACAUAAUGGUCCUUCGAACCGGAUUAUGGAUAAGCAACUCUUGACGAAAUUUGGAUACUUGGAAUGGCAAUAAUGACGAACAUUGGAUGGAUUGACGAUUAUUGGCAGAUGAGCUGAAUUAUGAAUUGGCGAAUAAGGUAGGAUUUCAACUGCGCGCUAUUGUGAUCGCUUCUCCUAUUAUGGAUCGCCAUCGGAUAUGGUGACAAUAGGAGAUCAAAGGGCACACAAUAGCAUAUCGCUCGGAUAGCAUCAGCGCAGUUUGAUUAUGCUACGCGCUUUUGGGUUCGCGACUUCUAUGUCGGCUCAUCAUAGGAUUGAUGACGAUAGAAGAUCGUGGUUUUAUUCGGCGAUUCUUCAACGCCAUAGAACUGCAAGGAUGUUCGCUCGGCAUGGAAAGAGGAAUCGCCAUUGGAAGCGCGCAGUUCAAUAGCGGGUCGCCAUCACACUUGCUAUUGUGGUUCGAAAAGCAGAACACGGAUUGUUCUGCAUAGAUUCGCCAUCAUAAUACAUACAUUCAACAUAAGAACAGAGGUUCGCCAUCGAGUAAAGGAAUAAAUAGGGUUUUUUUUCGCCGAACAAUUAUUGAGACAACACUUCAAUAGAUAAAUUGGAUACAAUUCGUCAUCAUUUGUAGUUCGAAUAGGACGUUCGAACUGGAAUAAGGAGAUUAAAUCCGACCGUCGAACAGUGCAGACGCACUUCUCUGGUGUGGAAUAAUAUUCAUCAACGUUUGAGGAGAUUCAACUGGACAUUAGGAGGAUACAAUACGACAUUUUUAAAUUUGGAGAAUCGAUCGGAUCAGCUGUGCAGUUUCGUUUAGUGUCAACUGGAGCUGGAGGCAACGUUUGGUCAUCGUGUUUUUUCAACAUUUCGACCUGCGCCACAUUUUGGAAUUGGAGUGAAGCGAAUUUGGAAGCAACAAUUGGAGGUUCACCACGGAUCUGGACACCAACUGGGGAUCGGCAUUUAUUUUCAAAGGUAAUGGUACAUGUUGGUGUAUAUCUAGCCGAAGCUAUAAAUAUACGUUACUAACGCACAUAUUUCGACGAUAUUCUCUGGAUUUUGUGUGCCUGGAGUGACCUGCUGGACCUGGUGGAGCAUACGACGUUUGUCUGCUAUAAUUGGAGCGUUCUUUCUGGGUAACCAAUCGUCAGCGGACCGGACAGAGGCGUGAAGAGGAAGCAGCAUAAAUUUAUCUGUGAGGUGAGUGAAUUACUGCACGUAUGUGUCAGCCGAAGCUCCACAGAUAUUCACCCUCCUAAUAAAUUUAUACAUAUCCUCUUCAAUUUAAUACCACACAAAUCGUAUACAUUGAGUGAAAUCCGUAUGUAUUAAAUGUGCUAUACAAUAUAAUAAUUUUGGAGAGACAAUGAUCAUUGCUAAGACAUCAACGGCCAUUUUGUGGGGCUGACCAUUUGGUAUAUCAAGCGAUUUCUGGGAGCACUCUAAUCCAGAAUCGCUUUCUGGGACUAAUUCUGCGUGUUGGCGGAUAUUUUGGUUCAACUGUUUAUUUCUAUAGGUAAGAAAUAAUAGUAUAUGAUCCGCCGAAGCUAGGAAUACACGAUAUUACACCUGGUAUUCUUCUACUCAUUCCUCCUACACUCGAUUCGGACAUUGUAUUUCGGAUAAUCAAUGCAAUGGAGCAACAUUAUACGGAGCUUCUUUGGAACAAAUUUUAUUGGGAAGUUUUGGAAUUGAAAAUCAUCGUGACAACUUUGGAUAUUCUGGACUAAGCGAUUCUACGGGUUAAUUGGGACAGUUUCAUCAGAGACUGUUUGGAUAUGUUUCAUUUCUAUUGGGAUCGUGAUUAAUCGACAUUGGACACGAUUUGGAAGGCAAUUUCUUGUAUUUCGGCUCAACUGUAUAUUUCUCCAGGUGAGAUUUACAGUAUAUUGUCCACCGAAGCUUGGAAAAUUUGGUUAUUACACGCUGGUUCUUUCCUCCUCUUCUCUCAUUCGACUAUUUGGAGUAUUUGACUGGACAAGUGGCAGUAUUCUUAUACAAUUCAAAUUUGGGAACCAAAGACUAGUUCGUCAGGUAAUUUAAACAGUAUAUGCCUGGCGAAGCUAGGCUUUAUCUAAAGAUACUACACCGUCAUUUCUUUUCGUUGCUGUUUUUUGAGACGCCAUGCCUGCUGCAGCUGGAUCCAACAUUUCGAGACCUCAGUCUCUCAGGCUGUUGAAAGCUAAGCUGAAGGACACCCAGUCAUCUAUCAAUGACAUCCAGCGCUUUGCUCAGACCUUCCGCGGAGACACCAGCAUUUCUCAGGUGGAAGUUCGACUGGAGAAGUUAGACAACCUGUGGGAAAGGUUCAUUGACAUACGGGUGGAAAAAACAACACACGACGAUUACGAAGAGUCGGAUGAUAGUCUUGAUAGGGAAAGGGAGGAAUUCAGUGAUAAAUAUUACGAACUGAAAUCAUUUCUUCUGGACAAAUUGAGGGAGAGAGAUACCAGAAACACACUCGAACAAUCUGGUAGGAACACUGGUCUGUCGAUUUCUAGUACUUCAGAACAUGUUCGGCUACCCCAAAUUAAUCUUCAAACGUUUGGCGGGGACAUCGAUGAGUGGCUAAGUUUCAAGGAUUUGUUCACGUCACUCAUCCACUCAAAGGCAGAUCUUCCAGAUGUUGAGAAGCUGCAUUAUUUGAAGGGAUGUCUUCAGGGGGAACCGAAGGGUUUGAUCGAUUCGCUGCUGAUAACAACAGGAAAUUAUCAGAUUGCGUGGGAGAUCUUGCUGAAAAGGUAUAACAACAGCAAGCAGCUUAAGAAACGACAGAUUCAGGCCUUGUUCAGUUUACCGACAAUGACAAGCUUCGGGAGAACUGCACAAACUUUUGGAAGGUUUAGUAAGGACGAUUAAAACUCUGGACCAAAUCGUCAAUCCCGCUGACUAUAAAGACCUCCUUCUAAUACACAUGGUCACAACACGUCUUGAUUCGGUAACCCAGAGAGGCUGGGAGGAGUUUUCAGCGACUCAGGAGCAAGAUACUCUUCAAGAUUUACUCGAUUUUCUUCAGCGGCGGUUACAAGUACUGGAUUCUUUGCCAACAAAGGCAGCUAAGGAGACAGUUCAACACCAGCAACAAUCUCAAACCAGGUCAAAACCUUCAAUAGCUCGGAGCAGCUACAAUGCGGUACAAAUUUCUGGGGUCCGAUGUGUAAUUUGUGCAGCAGAGCAUAUCCUCUACCAAUGUGUGGUUUUUCAACGGAUGUCGGUAUCGGAAAGAGAGAAGAUUUUGCACACCAACAAUCUUUGUCGCAAUUGUCUCAAGCCUCAUCAUCGAGCAAGGAUUUGUCCGUCGAAGUAUUCGUGUCGGAAUUGUAAAGGUCGUCACCACACCUUAGUCUGCUUCAAAGAGGGAAAGGGUCUUCAGCCACGGGUCGAAGUAUCACCCAGAAGUACCAAACAAAAUAAUUUGGAAGGAAAACGAGGUCCAUCUACACGUACGUCAUCGCAAGUGGUUAACUUAGCGGCCAAUGAGGUGGCCCAGGUUGGAAGGAAUAGGCCAUACUCGACGCAGGUUCUUUUGGCAACUGCCGUGGUGGUGGUUGAAGACGACGACGGUAAUCGGUUUUCAGCCCGUGCGCUCUUAGAUUCUGGAUCGGAAAGCAACUUUCUUUCAGAGCGAUUGAGCAAGAGGUUGAAGGUGGAUCGGGAUAGAGUGGACUUUCCCGUUCAAGGAAUCGAUACAAUAUUAACGACGGUCAAGCAAAGGGUUAAAGCAACGAUUUGUUCACGAGCGAAAGGUUUCUCGCGAAAAAUGGGUUUUUUGGUACUUCCGACGUUGACAGCAAAGCUUCCAACAACCGCGAUCAACACUUCUGGAUGGUCGAUUCCAGAGAAUAUUCAACUCGCUGAUCCGUUAUUCGCCGAAUCAUUCGCAAUCGACAUAAUAAUUGGAAUGGAAUCCUUUUUCGAUCUUUUCGAAUCUGGUCGAAAGAUGACUCCAGGAGAAGGCAAACCAACACUCCACGAAUCGGUAUUUGGUUGGGUGGUAUGCGGAGGUAUGGCGAACCCAAAUAUGGACAAAAGGAGGACCUGCAGCGUAGCAACACAGUAUACAUCUACAAUUAAAAGGAGUUCGGAUUGGAAAUGGCAUGGAAAAGAGGCAACAAACGAAUACGUGAGCUAUGAACUGGGAGAGGCAAAUGCGAUUGCGUAUUGGCACGAUGCUGCAAUGACCAACAACAGCUGCAGGUUGAAAAAUUCGAUGACAUCGACGGUGGGUGAGAACUUGAGAUUUUUCUAACUGUUCCCCACACUCAAUUUAAACAGACGGAAUGAAGGGGAUAAAUUUGCUGGAGGAUCGUGCUUGUGACACGAUUUUUUUUUACAAUUUUCAAGGUGGAUAGUAGAACCUUUCCAAUCCCUUCCCAUCACCCAUCCCUGUCGAAGAGGAGUUUCUUCUAUUUUCAGAAAUUGGAGCAAUUUCAGGGUGGGUGAGGAUGUUUAGGAGCAACACGAAUUCCCCUAGAUACGGUCCUGGGCCAUCAAUAAUGUAAUCGAGAAGGUCGUCUGCUGGAGGACAUUGAACCGCAAUGUGUACAUCAGCUGGUUCAAACGGAAUCAUUAUACGCAGAGCGAUAACAAAGGAGUUGUCAUUCCACAUGUGCGAGAAGAAACAGAAAGCAUACAAUUGGAUUUGCCGCUUUCGCCUAUUUGGGAUCUCAUCUCAACCGGAGCGAUCACAGUGGUGAAUUAUUCACCACAGCAACCGAAGAUCAGAGAUCGGAAAACAUCGCACAUGUGGAGGAUCAAUAACAACAUCAACGGCUGGAGCAAAAUUGCAAAUAGCGGAGCGACGGUAGUCCGAAUUGGUCCGCCAGAGAAUGAGGAUGAAUAAAUAACUCGGUCGUAAAGCAGCGUAUCGGUCUGCCACGGAAAUGUAUUCAAUUACUUCGGUCGAAAUUAGUGUUAUUUGUUAUGUACUGUGAAUUAUGAAACGUGUAAAAAUAUAAUAGAAAACCUGUAAAUAGAAAAAGUGUAACCUGGAAUAAAAUUGUAUAAAUUAUGUAAUAUUGUGAACUGGAUUGCACUGUUAUGGAUUUUGUGUGAAAGGAAAUGUGUUUUCUGCGUUGUUUGUUUGCCGUCGAUAUUUUAUGUGGAUGUAUUUGAUGUGGCCGACGGCAAAAUCCUUGGUGUUUUGUGUGGGGGAAAAGGAGUUUUCCCUUCGAUGUUGGGGGUCUGGAACGGAUCUAUCGGAGAUUUAGUAUUUUGACGGCCAGGCUCCCCAACAAAUAUUAUUCUCCAGAAACUUAUUGAAUAAAUUCAACAAGCGAUGUUUCGCCACAUCGGGGAGAUUUUUCAACAAGUUGAACUUAAUUCUAUCCGAUCUUGGAGCAGAUUUGUUACAAGGAAGGAGUGCAAGAGAGAAAUCUACCAUCGAAAACUCAGAAUCAAGAUCACACCUAUCAUGUGUUAAACCUCGAACAAUAUUCUACACAGGAGCGGAAUCACGACCAUGGCUUGAGAUUUUCGAAACUAGAAGAUGAAAAUUACUUUUUUAUUUCUUCCAUUCUCUUCAGUCAAUUUAAAUUUCGAUGGUGUGUAUUCACUACGCGUACUGAAACAUCGAUUCUUCAAUUUCGUUUUCGUUCUGCUGUCGUUUCAUAUGAAUUUGAAAGCAGACGCUUUCGCUUCACGAUUGAAAGUACCCUAAUCGUUAUCAUUUGGAUGGGCUUUAUGUCGCUUCCAGUUUCACAUGGGAAAGGACGAUCACUACUUUCAAUUGAAAAUUUCAAUCAUUUUCAUUUUUCCAAACUGGAUUUUCCCGCACCAAUUAAGGUGACAUUGCAUGGCCCUGACAGGUCAAACCUUCCGGUAAAAUUAAAAAUUCAUCGAUGUGAAUGUUCUUCGCUUUCAGUCGUUGAAGAGCGAUUUCUCAUGGUUCGAGCCACUUUCCUUCAUUUUUACAUUGACGUUUCUCGUGACAAACCUCCCACGAAAUUUCGCCUACAAUCGUUUCGGAUGCCGUGAGAGGUUUAUUUUAUGUAUGUGAGAGGAUGAACUGCAUGUGACAAUGUGUUCAUACUGCUGGUUGCCAAAUCAGAUCAGAGAUGCCAUAUUCGCACAUACGAGGGCAGUCCGAUAAGUACUUAGCCUACAAAUACAAAACAAAAAUUUUGAAAAAGUGGCAAUUUAUUUCUCAACAUAGUCUUCUUUUAGCUCGAUACACUUGACGCACCCAGCAAACAUUAAAUCGUAUAAUUUUGCACGUGCUAAGUCUUACAAGAAAUCAUAAUCGCAUAUAACAUCAAUCAAAGUAUUUAUCGUGUAUAUUUGAAAUCGCAUAAAAUAUAAAUACUCGAUUUUAUAUAUGAUUAUCAAAUUAGGUCGCAAUUCGGUAUAAUAAACAUCAGUUUUACGAUGUACAUUGUCAUAAAAUAUAUUCAAUCCGCAUCAUAUGCGUAUAUUACGCUGAUGCAGUUUGUGUGUCGUAUAAGCGUUUAAUUUAAAUCGAUUCAGUACUGCAGUAAAUCGUGUUGCAUGCUGAAGAAAAUCAUGGAACAGUAAAUCAUAUAAGCUCCUAAUAAAGAACAUAUUACAUCAUAUUGAAAUGUCAAUGAAAUGUUUUAACAUUGACAAGUUUCAUUUCAUAACAGCAAUGUCUAAACACAUACGAAAGAAUAAAAUAAUUAAAUUCAAAAAAGUGGCUCUUAUAUGGCUCGGAAACCAGCAAUGAAUGAUCCUACUGCAUAGAAUGUAUUAAGUUAUAUCAUAUCGAAUCAUAUGUAUGAGUUUUAACCGCUGUUGGAUUAAAUUUCAGAUAGCCGUGCGAGAUAGCUGGUGGAUGAUAAUCCAGACGACAAGAGUUCGAACCAACAUCAGAUCAGUUUUCCCCAAACAUCAAUCUGUGCCAUUUUAAACAUUAAUAAUUCACUCCCAACACAAGUAAAUUUAAUAAUUAUUAUUUCUACAAAUAUAAAUACUCACAUAUAAAAAUGGCGAUUUGUGAGGCUAUAAUAAACAUUUUACGAAAAUAUUUUGCUCCAUUUGUUUUUUUUUUCUAUGUCUGUAAUAAAUCGUAUAUGAGUAUGGCAAAAGUCAUAUUAGGUGCGUUGACAAUUCAUGAAUAUAUUCAUAUUAGAUCGCAAUUCAAUUCCAACAUAAUCGUUAUUAUAGUCGGUCAAAGUUGCAUAUUCAUCCAAACAAAUUCGGUAAGCAUUUGCCAUGUAUGUAUAUAGUCUCCACUUUUGCAUUCAUAUGCCAGUUAGGCGCAUUAUAUGCCAACCAAAAUUUAGGGCAUAUGAUGUUAUAUAUACGCUUGUUAUGCGAUUUAAUGUUUGCUGGGUACGCUUGUUAUGCGAUUCAAUGUUUGCUGGGUAUGUAAUUGUAGAACAUAUGGGGAUUUAAUUUUCCGAAUUUUCCCUUUUUUCAUUCAGAGUUUUCCAAAAAUUUUGAAUUGUCAUGUUUGAUUGGAAUAUUUUUGGUUGAAAAAUUUGUAAUAUUUUCACCCUCUCUAUUCCAGAGGAGGGAGGGGUGUCAUACCACCAUAGAAACAUUUCUCAUACCCAAAAACUCCCACAGCCCAAGUUGUGUUUGAUUGUUUUUCGAGUUAUGUAGAAAUUUAUGUUUCAUUUGUAUGGCAUCCUCCCUUAGAGAGGGAGGAGAAGUGUCGAUUCAACAUAGAAACGUUUCGUGCACCCAAAAACCUCCACAUGCCAAAUAUGGCUCAAUUUGCUUGAUUAGUUCUCGAGUUGUUCAGCACCCUCCUCCCCCCCCCCCCCUUUUUUUCAUUUGUAUGGCAGUACCCCACAGGGAGAGGGUAGGAGUGUCUAUUCACCAUAGAAACGUUUCGUGUCCCCUAAAACCUUCGCAUGUCAAAUUUGGCUCCAUUUGCGAUUAGUUUUCGAGCUAUACAGAAACUAGUCUUUCAUUUGUAUGGCAGUUCCCUCAUAGAGAGGGGGAUGGAGUGUCUAGCCACCGUAAAAACAUUUAUUGCACCCUAAAACCUCCACAUGCCAAAUUUGUUUUCAUUUGCUUGAUUACUUCUCGUGUAAUGCAGAAAUUUGUGUUUCAUUUGGCACCCCCAUCCCCUAAGAGAGGGGGGAGGGAGUAUCUAACCACCAUAGAAUCAUUUAUUGCAUCCUCAAACUUCCACACGCCAAAUUUCGUUUUAUUUGCUUGAUUAGUUCUCGAGAAAUGUAGAGAUUUGUGUUUCAUUUUUAUGGCAGACUCCCCCCCCCCCUCUCAAAAAGAGGGGAGGGUCUAGGACUAUCACGAAAACCUUCCCCGACCCCAAAAACCCUUACAAACCAAUUUUCAUGUCGAUCGGUUUAGUAGUUCCCAAGUCCAUAAGAACUAGACAGACAGACAAAAAUCCAUUUAUAUAUAUAUAGAUAAGUAAUCUGACACUGACACCAUCGGACGAUGAGGCUAAGUACUUAUCGGACCGCCCUUGUACGUUCUCGAAUUUGCAGACAUUUUACAGUAACCGCUCACUAACUGGUCCUGAUUGAACUGGUCUGCUUUUUACCUGGGCGAACGUUAACUGAUCCUUGGACCAGUUAAAAAGCAGGAUUUCGGAAACAAUCGAUGCCAUAUUCAAAUGGAAGAUUUGUUGUGAGGGGCAUUCGAAUGUAAUUUGGUAUGUUAUGAAAAUUGACAUUAUUUUCGCAUGAAAAAACAUAAUUUAUAUUACAGAAAAAUAAUUUUCUCAAAUUAUAUUUCAUACCUAUUGUCGCACUCAAUGCGUAACUUCCGUUGGAAUUCUUUUGUUUAUCUGAUUUCAUGAUCAACGCGAAUCAAACAAUUCAUUGAAGUUCCCCUUGAUUUUAUUUGCCGAACCAGUUAAAACGCGAAUGUCGAUAACAGGUCUUCCCUUUUCGCCCAGUUAGCGAAUGUUUACUGUAAUUUUGUCAUUUCCUUUUAUUUCUGCUACAGGCUCUUUAAAAUCACGCCACGCAGAAUCAGGCCGUUUAUUCCAUCCAUUCCAACACAAGAGCCAUCUCGUCCAGGGCCACUUCGACAUCUUCUAUCUUGAUACGUACCAUCCAACGAACAAUGACCAUCCUCGGUAGUAAACACUGGUGAAGCGAACAAACAAUACCCAACAACAACAAAAACGGCUCUUUUCAGGGCCACCAAAUCAUUAUCAAAGAGUUUAACGAUGUAAUUUUUCAAGCAUAUCCAAAAUCAGCAGGCAGAUAGUCUAAUGCAGAUGUUCCCAAACUUUUUGAGUGCGCGACCCACCUAGAUAUUAACCGUACUUUUCGCGACCCCCUUGAACAUUUUAGAUCUAUUUUUGUUUUUUUUAACCUUAAUUGGAAAUAAGUAUGAUUUAAAAAUGAAAUUUUACAUGAUUUUAUUCAUCAUCAGCAACACUAUGAACACAUUAUUAUUUAAAUGAAAUUGGUGUCAAUAUUUUUGUUUGUUCGGAUAAAAUAAGAUUAAAAGACAAAAUAUUUGAAAGGAAUGAUCAUCUUUUAUUCAGACAAAUCGAUCAGUUUGGGAACCUCUGGUCUAAUGGAAUCCUACGUCAACUAUGAGGUCGUGUCUCGGACACAACGCUCCUGUGACUUUUUAAUAUCUGGAAGUAAUUCAAAGCCGCCAUCGAGUUAAUAAUUAGUUCGGCUGUUUUAAAAGCACACGGAAACAAGUUGCAAACGUUUAGCACUAAACAUUUAUUCAACUUUCGCAUCGAUAUCCACCCGCUUCUGCGCCUCAUUGUAUUCGUCUAUCAAUGUCUUUUCGGUGGGAAUGUGAGCUCCGGGAUGGAUCAGCUUCAUAUGUUUCUGCAGACCGUUAUACCAACUGUACGGCACCUUACACUCCGGACACGAAUACGGCUUGGUCCCAUUGUGUGUGACCAUAUGUUUCUGCACGGUUUCUUUGGUGGUAAACGUUUUGCCGCAUUCUUCGCACUGAUAAUGAAAUAAAAUUAAAGAGGAGUUAUGGGGUUAAAAUUGUAACAAUGUUUUAAUAAAGUAUUGUUUCUGUUAACAUUUUCAAUACUCUGAAAUACCUUGAAGGGUUUAAGCUUUUCAUGCAUACUUCGAACAUGCUUGUGCAUAUUACUAGAAGUUCCAAAACCGGCAUUGCAAACCGUACAAACGUACGGCUUCGUUGCCACGUGGGACCUUUGAUGGAUAAUGAGUGAAGAUUUGGUUGAUGUAGUGUACGGACAGUGUUCACACUUGACCGGUCGGUCGUGUGGUCUGUGUACGUGUCCGUGUGCUUUGAUUUGGCUAUAUGUUCGAAAAGCUUUUCCACAUACCUGAAAAAUUAUCCAAAAUAAAAACUGACCUUAUAUUUUCUUUCGCCCAUGUGUCGCCGUUUAGCAUGCUUAUUCAAGUUGCUCGAAGUCGUGAAGGAGCACUGACAUACGCCACACGUGUAAGGACGCACACCCGUGUGCUUGCGCUGGUGCAAAUUUAGAUCGUUCUGACUGCGCGCCCGGUAGGGACACUGAUCGCACGGAAAGUCACGGAUAUUCUGGUGAACUUUCAAGUGGUAGACUAGAUUCGUAUUCUGUGCAAAACUUUUGUUACAAAUCUACAGGAAGAAAAUGACAAGAGGAUUAAUUACACACAAAGAAAGAAUUGAUUCGUGUGACAGUCAAAGGCGAUCCAAGGGCGAAAGAGUGCAGGUUUUCAAUUAGGUAAUACAUACGUCACAAACAUAAGGCCGCUCGUUGGUAUGUGUCCUCUGGUGAACUUUGAGGGUGGAUGCCGAUCGGAACUGUUUCGAGCAGGUGGAGCAAACGUGUUCCUUCUCCGACGCAUGCCUAUCCAUGUGUGCCCGCCAAAGAUCGCUGGUUCGCAGGAUGGUCCGGCAUAGAUUGCAACGGUAAAAUUUCUUAUCAAUCUCAGGCACAAUUUUGUUACGUGACUUUCUACUUGACUUGGCCGGAUAAUCGGACGAAUCAUCCGUGGAGAAUCUAGACAGUAUUUGAAUAAAAAUAAAAAUAAAU